AUGCAGAGUCCGAAUCGCGGCAGGCAGCACGUUGUCUCGCCCUCCGCAGCCAGUAAUGAGGUCGCUACGUCCAACUUGACUACUAAUCACUUCCUGGGCACAAAUCAGCGAUCCUGGAUGCUACAAGGCCAACCUCAGACUCGCCCAGGCCCGAUCCCAAGUCACCAUGUGCCAAAACACUGUUCAAAUCCGCAACCUGCCGAAAAGAUAGUGCCUGCCGCAUCGGACCUGUCACGACCUGUUGUGCCCUGUCUGCCCUCUUACCAGUUCCUAUCCGUUGAAGGACAUACCCCUCCAGAGCAUCCGACCGCUUCGACGACUACUACGAAUCUAGAAGAACCUACAGAGAAGCCUGCUGCAGCACCGAGGGAAGUCCUUCAAGAGAGCACUGAGCAGUUCAAUGGGCAGCCUGUAGACUUCAGAGCUGAGCCUGCUCGUCAGGGUGAAAUCGAAAUAGUUGAUUUGACGGCUUCCCAGACCCAGCAAGAACCACAGACUGAGCAGCCCAGGCAAGCAAGACCUACACAGCCGUCACGGCAGCAUCUCGAAACGCUCCAAGCUGUACAGCGUCCUGGCAACACGACUUCUCAACUCAUCGCUGCUGCUACAAGAAUGGAAGUUCCUUAUCAACCUGCCCAGCCUAGCAACCAUGCCAUAUCACCGCUCUCCAUCACUGCACGGCCACAGAAUGGUUCUCCUCAAUGGUCAGCCGCUCAUUACCGAUCCAGCUCAGGUGUAGCGACUUCGGCACCUCAAACCCAGGCCAGUUCCACGGGUGCUGACGACCCGCGACAUAACUAUGUCCGCCGGAUUUUGCAGCCCCAAGCGUCAUCUCCUCAAUCUCCUGCAACACAUGCUGCUUCAUCCACGGCAACAAAAGGUCAAUCUUACCUUGCCAUCCUCGAGAUCCACCUUACCGACAUGAGCAAACGUAUUGUUGUGCCAAGUAAUGCAGACAAGUUGCGUAUACCUUGGCUAAGGGACGCCUGCACAAACAACGACUUGUUCUUCCUUCUUCUAAACCAGCUCACUUGCGCCUGGACCAUCCAGCCGGACUGUCUUGUUCAGCUUGGCUUGGAUUCUUCAUGUGAAUCCGGUUUGGGAAUUUUCCAACUUCUCUUCGGCUCCAACCGCGCCAUGUCUGAAGAGCUUGUCGCCUUUUUGGCUGGUUGGCCAAACUCGACUUAUUCCUUGAGAGCCGUACCUGAACUACGUCAAUGGAUAAGUAUAAUUGGCUAUAUACUCCCACAGUUGGGUAUGCUCUGGGAAUCUUUCCGUCAGAAGUGCUUAACUCGUAAACUUCCACCAAGCGCUCGCGAAAUCAAUGAGACCUUUCAAUUGCCUACCUCGAUGAUCCUACCGACAGCGAUAUUCAGCACCCUCGAGCGUCAAUUGCACCCUCAUGCGCCAUCAGCCUUCCAAGCUGCUGCUUUGGAGCUCUUCACCCUUAGCCAGCGAGAACAUAUUGCCGAAGUUUAUAGACCCGGCGAUGGCAACCAGAAGGCGUCACUACAGCAGUCUGUGGAGAGUUUUGCUAACUCCUACCAGCAGCUUAUGGCUCGGCAUUGGCCUGCAGCAGUCUUUCCACCAAACGUAAGACCUUCGCUAUUUAUGCAAGCUCCUCCAGUGCAACCUAGAAUGAGUAGUGCUGGAAUGCCAAUAUUUCAAGGUCAAGCCACUGGAUACGCGGACAUUGUUAACGGCGCUGCGUCAGUGUCAUCGCGCUUUGCCCCUCAACGACAGUUUAUAACGACAACCACACCACCACAAUCCCGUCAAAUUCCAACACACGCUGCGAACCAGUCCCAAUACAGCCGAAGUGGUCAAACACCUAGCGCUCGGGCAAACACGGCAGCUUCACUAGCCCUCCACGUCGAUGGUGCUGGGCCAAUCCAAACUCAAUUCAUGCGAUCGCAACACAAUCGUAUCGCACAGCCGGUGGCUCAGAAAUCAGCCCCUGGUCGCGCACAAGAUGGUGUUUCUACUUCGAAUCGUCAAUACACGUUUAGGUCGACACAAUUGCCACCACAAGCCAUGCUGCUACCGCACCUUGAUAGUAUACCAGCAGUGCUCAGCAAUCCUGCGCCUGAGCAGGAAGCUCUUCACCAGUUCUAUCUACGUCAGCCUGCUACUGAAGUCCAGGGCCACAAGACUGGCGCACCACCAAAUCUCUAUCAGUUCAUUGAAUCAUGUACACACAGUCCAUGCAGCUUUGACUCAACCGAGGAGUUCUUCUCAUUCGAAUGUAGCAUAUCUCAGGAACUCAUUAGCAGGAAAUCUGAUGUCAUUCAGUCCGACGAUUCCUUGCGUAUACCAAAACGAGUACUGAGUGACAAUUCUGUACUAUUCAAUCUCCGAUGUGCUCUUCUCGAGUCUACAAGCAGUGUAUCAGUAGAAGAGGCUGAAUGGGCGGCACUGCAAACUUAUUGGCCCGAGCACAUAUUUAUAUCUUUGAACGAUAAUUUUCUCGACAUCAGACGCAAGCGACAAUUUAAACGCGAUUUGCCCAUAGAUGUAACUCCGUUUGUGAAGGCAGGAACCAACAAUGUCACAGUAUCACUUUACAAAGAGAAGGGUGAAUCAGCGAGGAGAUAUGGGCUCGCGAUUGAAACAAUUGCCUUUCGAAAUAAAGCCCAAAUUGCAGAGAUGCCAGUCGCCAUUCAGGCAGGAGAAUCUCUCCGCAUGAUCUUGCAAGAAAUGCAGUCACAAGAAUUGAGUGUUGCCGACGACGACGUUCAGAUGGUUACUGAUUUUACCACGCUUUCAAUUACCGACCCGUUCUCCUCGAAAAUGAUAUCGCGCCCAGUACGUGGCAAGACGUGUAGACACAAGAAUUGCUUCGAUCUCAAUAUGUUUCUCCAAUCACGAAACAGUGAUUACAAAGAUGCCCUCACCAGUGUGUACGAGUGGCGGUGUCCUGUGGGGACAUGUAAAGAAGAUGUCAGACCUUGCAGCCUGGUUCUUGAUGGGUUCUUGCAGGAAGUGGUACAAAAGAUUGCUCAGGAGCACAAGAAAGACGUGCGGUCUAUCAUCGUGAAGAAAGAUGGGACCUGGGAAGCAAAAUCAGAAGGGCAAUCAGAAAACAGGAGAGUCGGACGAGCGGAGUCAGCUGGCGAGGUUGAGAGAUCUGCCACAGCCGUUGUCGAGCCAAUGGAAGCAGUUGCGAGACGAGCUGCGUCAGCUUCCACGACCGAUAGACAGUUUAUCGCAGGACCGAGUGCUAUAGAUGUCAUUGAGCUGGAUGAUGAUUGA